GCAAAAUAAAUAAGGCAUCUGAUGAUCAAUUUUACUCAAAAGGGUGACUAAAAAUGGGAGAGGAUGAAAAACAGCAUGGAGAAGGUCAUGUAGUAGUAGUGGCAUGUCCAACCCAAGGCCAUCUUAAUCCACUCCUACAAUUCGCCAAAUACCUAGCCCAUCAAGGCAUCCACGUCACCAUCCCCGUCACCUUCGCAAAUCCCGAUUCUUCCUCUUUUUCCCAUAAUAAUAAUAAUUUUCCAUUGAUUAACCUUCAACAAGUUUCUCUUUUACCAUACAGUGGAACUGAACCUGAAAGUUCCAUGGGCCUUUGGGGAAGACGCCUAGCUUCCAUUCGUUUGCAUCUUGUUGAGUUUCUUGCUUCUUGUGAUCAUUCUGUUUCUUGCAUUGUGUAUGAUUCUAUGAUGCCUUGGAUUCUUGAUAUUGCCAAGCAGUUUCGAGUUUCUGCUGCUUCCUUUUUCACUCAAUCUUUUGCUGUUAAUGCUAUUUAUUAUAGUCUUUAUAAAGGAUGUCUCGAUAUUCCAUUGGGGGAAAGAUUUGUUUGUUUGGAUCAUGGGUUUCCUGCUCUUCGAUCUUCUGAUAUCUCUACGUUUCUUUCUGAUCCGACCAAACAUGUGACGACUAUCGAGUUCAUGACUAAACAAUUUGCUGCUUUGGAUGAAGCCGAUUGGGUCUUCAUCAACAGUUUCGAUCCUUUGGAACCACAGGAAUCUGGGUGGAUAAAAAAGCAGCUUCCUUUCAUUAGUAUUGGGCCCAUGAUUCCCUCCAUUUACUUGAAUGGAUGGCUACCAAAAGACAAAGACUAUGGGCUUAGUAUGUUUGAACCAAAUAAUGAAGAUUCAACAAUGAAAUGGAUUGAUUCACAAGAAAAAAGCUCCAUCGUUUACGUGUCAUUUGGAAGUUUAACAGAAGCAAAAGAGGAGCUAAUGGAAGAAGUAGCAUGGGGUCUAAAACUCACCAACAGACCCUUCUUGUGGGUGGUUAGAGAAUCUGAAUUCCACAAGCUUCCCCACAAUUUCAUUGAGGACAUAGCCGAGAAAGGGCUAGUAGUCAAAUGGUGCUCUCAAUUGCAAGUUUUAACUCACAAAUCGAUUGGAUGUUUCGUCACCCAUUGUGGUUGGAACUCAACACUCGAAGCGUUGAGCUUGGGAGUACCAUUGGUGGUGAUGCCACAGUGGUCGGAUCAGCCGACGAAUGCUAAGUAUGCGGAGGAUGUGUGGAAGAUUGGGAAGAGGGUGAGAAUGGAGGAAGAUGGACUUUGUAGAAGGGCAGAGAUAGAGAUAUGUAUUAAUCAAGUUAUGGAGGGAGAGGAUUGUAAGGAAAUAAGAGAGAAUUUGAACAAAUGGAGGGAGCUUGCAAAAGCCACAAUGGAGGAAGGUGGAAUCUCAAACACAAACAUAAAUCAUUUUGUAAAACAAAUUCUCAGGAAGACACAACUUUGACGGCUGCUUCAAAUAUUGUUCAGGAAGACACAACUUUGACAGGCCAUGAGAAGACAUCCAUUAAGAGAUUUAUCUUUCUUUCCCCUGUUUGUUCUAUAUUUGUUAUGAGUUGGUUUUUAUUCCCAGAUUUUGAACGCGAGUCUUUUACACUCUCUUUGCCUACAAAUAGGCUUCCUCCCACACUGCAACAUAUCGAUAACGAAAAAUAUAUGAAAAACACAUAAAGGUUUCUCCUCCCUCUAUACAAAUUA